UUGUCGGGGCGUCAGCAGGCGUCCUCCGUUGUUUAUAGGUCACUUACCGGAACUCCAAUCCAGUUGCCAGCCAGUAGUACAAAGUACCGAGACGCCCAGAUUCACGGCCAGAUAAGGGGUGUGCAUCGUGCCUCAGCUGAAGAAGAACAAGAAGAAAACGAGAAGAAAGGGAAACAAAAGAAGGAGACAAGGAGAACAAGAGCAGCAGCAGCAGCACCAGCAGCAGCCUUGGAACAACACAAAAACGAAUCCGGAAGCUCUUGUUUUGUGUCGCCUCCUCCUAUCAAUCAACCGAGCGCAGCGUUCAAUCUGCAACCGCCAGCCCCUCCGGUAUCAAACAAACAAUAACAACAGCAGCAGCAGCAGCAACAACAACAACAACCGCUACCUCAUCCACUGCUAAACAACAAUCAAACACGUCCACCGCGGGCGUUUGCCGCUGACGCUGACGUUUGCGUUCUAGUGCAGCAAGAUGGCGGGAACCGGUACCGUACUAGCGCCCACUGGCGCCAUGGUGAACCAAACGGACUCGAUGCUCUCGCUGCUACUGUUACACUUUGCUUCCCUCACGUUGAAUAACACCAGCAACAACACGGUGAUCGAGGAGAAAUGUUACGGCAUGUACGGGUGCUUCCGGAACGACAUGGAGUGGACGAGUGCCCGGCGCCCGAUCGCCCUACACCCGCAGACCGUAUCGGAGAUCGAUACGCGGUUUGCCGUCUUUAACGACGCCAACCGCACCCACCCGUACUUCCUCGAUAACCACUUCCUCGACGCGGAUGUGCACGAGCUGCGCAGUGGCGGGGCGGGGAUCACCCGCUGGAUCAACCCGACCGGUCCGCUCUACUUCAUCACGCACGGCUUUCUGGAGUCGGGCAAAACGAAAUGGAUCGAGCGGAUGCUGAACCUGCUGCUGAACCGGGACCGGAACGCGACGGUCAUCGUGAUUGACUGGGGUAAGGGUUCGAACCCACCGUACAACCAGGCCUGUGCCAACAUCCGGCUGGUCGGUGCGAUCACUGCGCACAUCAUCGAUAAGAUCAAGAAAGUAUUCGAUAUGCCGAACCUGGACCGGGUACACCUGAUCGGCCACUCGCUCGGUUCCCACCUGGCCGGGUACACCGGCUACACCCUGAUCAGCCAGUUCCAGCAGAAGCUGGGCCGGAUUACCGGGCUCGAUCCGGCCGAGCUCGCCUUCACCGAGACGGACCGGGUGGUGCGGCUCGAUCCGUCCGAUGCCAAGUUUGUGGACAUCGUGCACAGCGACGCGACACCGUUCGUGCCGCAGAUUGGGCUCGGGUUGUACGAACCGAUCGGCCACGUCGACUUCUAUCCGAACGGGGGCUCCGACCAGCCCGGGUGCCGGCACGAGUUUUGGAAGAACGCCGAUACGCGCUUCGUCACGAACAUGUUUCAGUUUUUCAGCUGCAGCCAUUCGCGGGCGUACGAGUACUUCAUCGAGAGCCUGGAGCCGGAACGGGCCGCGCUGGUGGCUGUGUCGUGUAGCGACUACGGCCAGUACCUGCUCGGGAGUGGCGGGUGUGCCGAUUGUGCCAGCGCACCGCACGGUUGUGUACGGUUCGGGUUGGAGAGUGUGCGUGAUUAUCGGGCACGAGAACGGCGACCGGACGUCCCUAUUCAGCUGUUCUUUCGUACCGCGUCCAGGGCACCCUUCCUCAUGCCGAACUACCGGUUGACGGUGCGGUUGUCUAACACGACGGCAAGCCGCCAGCACGGGCCGGAGGUGGGCCGGAUCGUGCUGCAGUUGCGUACGGUCGAUGGUGGCCGCUCGGAGAAGAUUUUCUUCAACGAUAACGUGAUCAUGUUCGAACCCGGCCACCAGUACAGCAGUGUCGUGACGGUCAAGUGGCCCGGUGAACCGGACGAACGGCAGGAGAGCUACGACGUGGCCCGUACCAGUGCCGUCGCCGUGAGCUGGGAGUACGAGACGAGCCUGCUGAAUCCGCUGAGCUGGCGCCUGAUAGCGACACCGCGUGUUUACCUCGAGUCGAUCACGGUACGGUCGAUGGGGGGCGAUAUUGUGCACCGGUUGUGCCCGCUGCCGAACAAACCGAUCAACUCGAUCGGCCAGACGCUGCUGUCCGAGUGCCAGCCGCCAAGCUCCGGCUACAAAAUGCAUUGACCCCCCCGCCCCUCCGCCUUGGAUUGUGGCCUCGAAAAAAAAACGUCUCACAUACAAAGUAUUAA